AUGGCUGCAAUCGGAUCGCUCGUGUUCUGCACCGAUUGCGGUAACCUGCUGGAUGGGUCCUCUGGGGACGAAAAGGCAAUCUUGAGAUGUGACGUGUGUGGAACGGAGAACAGAGACAUAUCAUCUAGUGCCAUCACAACCAGAUCAAAGCCCACAUCUUUCCCUUCCGCCCUCCGCUCAAAGCUUUCUGCAGUACAGACUCUGACGGAGGAUGACGUCCAAAAAGAUGCUGUGAUUCGGCAGACAUGUCCGAAUUGUGGCAGUAAAGAAAUGAGAUACUACACCCAACAGCUAAGAAGCGCCGAUGAGGGUACAACAGUGUUCUACAGUUGCGAUUGCGGUCACAGAUUCAGCAUAAACAACUGA